AUGGUCGGAUUUUCUGAGAAUUGGAAGCGCAUCGUGGUCACUGAGGUUGUGGGUCGAGUAACCUCCUGUGAACGUCCUUCUCUGUCUAUCUCUCAUGCGGGAAUGGUGAAUAGGAUACAUGAAAAGAAGCUUACCGUGCCCGGCUCGGUGGCACGCCCGAGUUCGACUCGACUCCGAGAGGUUUUAACCUUAUUGCUCGGCUUUUUUAUGUUAUGCAAACCAAUACAAGCAUUUAAGGAUUCAAAACUUGUGGUUGAAGUCUCACAUUCAAUACCGUUACUUGCUACUCGAAAACCGGAUUUUGCAUUCAUUGCAAAGGGUAUGCAGUGUCAUUUGGCAAAAAGUCCUCAGCUUCAGCCUCAACAAGCCUAUGUAUACGCGAUUGCAGUUAUUGUAUUUUAUAAAGUGAUUAGGUGCAACUCUAAUAACAAUGAUGAUAUCCUAUUCUCACAUGAGUACGUAUUACCUGCACAAUUAAAUUAUGAAUCCAGGAAUCGCCCUCCAGCCGGGUGGUAA